AUGGCUGAGUUCUUUCGUCACUUGGCUGGGACAAUGUCAGAACCUAGUGAAAUGAAUUUUGAGAAGAUGAGAAAAAUGGGUGGAGUUGAAUUUGAUAGCACUACUGAUCCCACGGUAGCUGAACAAUGGCUCGAGCGCAUGGAGAGAGUCUUUGAACAACUAGAGUGUACUAAAGUUGCCAAAUUUAAGUAUGCUAUCUCUCUUUUACAAAACGAUGCCUAUGAUUGGUGGGUAAGUAUUUCAAAUGCAAAAGCAAAAUCUCCGAUGCUGACUUGGGAUGACUUUGUGAAAGCAUUUCGUGCGAAAUAUGUCCCUCAUGUCUAUUGUGAUUCAAAGAAAAAAGAGUUUCUGAAUUUAAGACAAGGAAGUAUGUCUAUUGUAGAGUAUCAACAAAAAUUUCUCAUGCUUUCUCGCUAUGCUGGAGGUAUUAUUGAUGGUGAAAGAGACAAGUGCAGAAAAUUUGAAGAAGGUUUGAAUGGUUACAUUCAAAAAUCUGUGGCAAUCUUGCAACUUGAGGAUUUUUCCAAGCUAAUUUCAGCUGCUCUUACAUGGGAAAGAAUUGACAAGGAAAAAUCUAGUAGGAGAGAAAAUAAGUUUAGGAAGGGUAAUUCAGAUUAUGGCGGUCCAUCCAAAAAGGGAAAGUUUGACUAUUCCAAGACUGAAAGUGCACAGAAGUCAUCAUAUCAUAAGCAGAAUAAGCCAAAUUUCUCUAAUUCUAGUACUCCAAGUUAUGGCCAAGGCAAAACUUAUACACCUACUUGUGCACAGUGCGGAAAGAAUCACUAUGGUGUCUACAGAAGAGCUUCUUGUGCUUGUUUUAAUUGUGGAAGUAUGGAUCAUAAAGUGAAGGAUUGUCCUAAUCCUAAUCCUCUUUCAGAUACACAUACAAAGGGUUCAGUUUAA